AUGGCCGGCGCCGCGCCGCGGGUCCGGUAGGCGGGCUUCUGCUGCCCGCUCGGGGGCCUGGCGUCGGGCAAGCCCCGCGUGCUGUGCCACGAGGCGGAGGCCUUCCUGUCCACCGGGAGCGAGCUUGUCUACGUGUAUGACCUGGAGGGCGGGCUGCUGACCGCGGCGUACCGGUUCCCCGGCCAGGUGUGGCACCUGGAGCUCCUGGCCCCUCGCCGGGCGCUCUACGUCCUGUGCGCCGGGAAGGGCAUUUACUGCUUGUCGUUGGACCACCUGAGCAGGUCUACGAGCCAGGACGAUGGGGACAGUGAGGACGGUGAACUCCCUUCCUCUGUGGUCCCCGUGGGCCCCGAUGCCUGCGUGCUCCCCGACGCCUCGCUGUGCGCGUUCACCGUGCUUGAUGGCACGCUUGUCACCCUGGCGCAGGGCCCUACCCAGUGGAAGAUACAGCUGUUUGAGCGUCCCUGUCCAGGGGAGGACCCCCAGCCGGGAGGCCAGAUUGGCGAGGUAGAGUUGUCCACCUACACCCCCCCGGCUGGCGUCCCAGGGAAACCUGCAGACCCCUGCUUCCUCCCAGUGCUGUGCUGCGUGUCACCACCAGCCUCUAGGGUCCCACAUGGCCACCUCUGGGGCUCCGGGAGCUUCACACUGAAGGAGGCCCUCUUUGGGCUCCUCUUUGGAGCCGAUGCCACCCUCCUGGAGUCACCUGUGAUCCUCUGUGGCCUCCCUGAUGGCCAGCUCUGCUCUGUGGUCCUGAAGGCCCUGGUCACCUCCAGGUCAGCCCCCGGCGAUCCAAAGGCCCUUGUCAAGAUCCUCCAUCACCUGGAAGAGCCUGUCAUCUUCAUAGGGGCCCUGAGGACAGAGCCGCAAGCUGAGGAGGCUGCGGAGGAGAUGCCGCCUGGCGAGGAUGUGCACUCUGACUGCCUGGUGGCCCUUGGGCACUAUGGCCGGACGCUUGCCAUCAAGGCCAGCUGGGACAAAGCUGGGAAUCUGGUGCCGGAGCUGCGGGAGUACUGCCUCCCGGGCCCGGUGCUCUGCGCCGCCUGCGGUGGGGGUGGCCGCGUGUACCACAGCACCCCUUCAGACCUCUGUAUGGUGGACCUUGCUCGGGGCAGCACCCCCUCAGACCCCACGCAGCCCGAGGAGGGCCCGGGAGGCCUUCCCCCUCUGCUGUGCCCAGCCAGCCUGAGCGCCUGUAGCGUCGUCACUCUGUCUGUGUCGUCUAGGGCUCCUGAAGGUGACACCGAGCUCCUGGCCCUGUCUGCCAAAGGCCGCCUGAUGACCUUCAGCCUGGACUUGAACUCCGAGGUGCCCGGCCUUUCUGCGGUGAGCAGGGCUGACACAGGCCAGAAAAUUAAGGAAUUGCUCUCUGGAAUCGGCAACGUGUCCGAGAGAGUGUCCUUUCUAAAGAAAGCGGUUGACCAGCGGAACAAGGCCCUGACGAGCCUCAACGAGGCCAUGAACGUGAGCUGCGCACUGCUGUCCAGCCGGGAGGGCCCCAGGCCCAUCUCCUGCACGACCACUGCGGCCUGGAGCCGCCUGCAGAUGCAAGACGUGCUGACGGCCACCUGCCUGCUGGAGAACCGCAGCGCCUUCCACCUGGGCCAGGGCUGGACCCUGUGCGUCCAGGUGCUCACCAGCUGCUCCGCCCUGGACCUGGACUCGGCCGGCGCGGCCACCACCUACACCAUCCCCGUGGACCAGCUCGGCCCCGGCGGUCAGCGGGAGGUGACGCUGCCCCUGGGCCCUGGCGAGAACGGCUCCUUCGACCUGCCCGUGACCGUGUCCUGCACGCUCUUCUAUAGCCUCAGGGAGGUCGUGGGCAGGGCGCUUGCCCCCUCGGACUCUUUCGAGGAGCCCUUCCUGGACGAGGAGCCCCCCGACGUCCUGCCUGAGCAGGAGGGCAUCUGCCUGCCCCUCAGCAGGCACACGGUGGACCUGCUGCAGAGCCUGCGCUUCCCCGGCCUGGCCCCGCCCUGCACGCAGGCCCCGCCCCUGCGCGGCCCUGCGGACCCCGUGGACACCUUCCUGGAAGCACGUCGGGAGCCCGGCAGCCACCCCUCGGGCCCUGCCUCCCUGCGGGCUGCGUACCUGCCCCCGUCAGUAGCCUGCAUCAAGGUGUCGGCCGAGCUGCUCAGGGCUGCGCUGGAGGACAGCCGCGCAGGGCUGCCCCUGUGCUGCGCCACCCUGCGGUGGCUCCUCGCCGAGAACGCCGCUGCGGACGUCGUGCGGGCCCGGGCCUUGUCCUCCGUCCAGGGAGUGGCCCCAGAUGGUGCUGACGUCCACCUCAUCGUCCGCGAGGUGGCCGUGACCGACCUGUGCCUGGCGGGGCCCAUCCAGGUCGUGGAGAUUCAGGUGGAGAGCUCCUCCCUGGCCGACGUGUGUCGGGCCCACCACGCUGUCAUCGGGCGCAUGCAGACCAUGGUCACGCAGCAGGCCGCCCAGGGCUCCAGCCCCCCCGACCUCCGGGUGCAGUACCUCCGCCAGAUCCACGCCAACCACGAGGCGCUGCUCCGGGAGGUGCAGGCGCUGCGUGACCGGCUGUGCGUGGAGGACGAAGCCAGCUCCUGCGCCACUGCCCAGCGCCUCCUGCAGGUGUACAAGCAGCUGCGCAACCCCAGCCUCGUCCUGCUGUGACCAGGGAAAAACCGGAACACAACCGGCUGCUUUACCGCUCUGGGCUCGGGAAGCGCUCGGCCUGGCCGGAGCCACGGAAGGUCCGCCGGACGCGCAGGGAGCGCCUGUGGAUUCCGUCGUGAGCAGCUGAGGCGGGUUCUGGGCCCCGCCGGUCCUCCCGCCUGGCUCCCUGCCCUCCUCGUCACCUCUUCCUCCCAACAGCGGGUGCAGCAUGGCCCCGGCCGUCUCCCCACCCUGAGCCACAAGUCCCAGGCCCUUCUGGACUCUGGGCCCGGGAGCCCAGCGAGAAGCGGUGUCUGGGGUUGGGGCUCAGGGUGGGUUUGUGACCGUGCUGUCACUGUUGCUGCUACUGCCAAGCCGGCCCACGGACCCUCGUCCACCGUCCACGCCUGCCCAGCUGCCCACGCUAGGGUCACCGAGGGUCCGGGGCGCCCCAUGACCAAAGCACAAACGCCACGCGGGGCUCCUGUGGGUGCCAUCCGUGGGCCGUGGCCAGAAAGCUCAACAACCAGGUGCCUCUGCCGGGGCUGCGCGUCUGUGUGGCCGCGCCCCCGCCGCCUCCCCGCGGUGCUGCUCUUUUACUCUCUGGGGAGGGACGACUGUGCCUCCCUGUCCCCGCCGGUGCUCUGGCCACCCUGUGACACACAGACCCUGUCACACACUCCCAUGACACACAGCCGUGACACAUGUGCUUCUCUGCCGUGACAAACAACCCGUCUGUUGAACUUCA